UUCCAUUUAAAUGCCCGGGGGGGAGAGGCUGACAGCAGCGCUGUGAGAGCCGCAAGUCUCCGUGUGUUGUUCUGGACCGUGUCUCGCGGGCUGUGUGUUUGAAGGCGGGGUACGGGGACGCGCUGGGACUGACUGACUGUUCUUCACUGCGAGGAGACACACGGUCGGUGGACUCUCUGCGUGCAUGUCUGGAUUCCUCCACAGCCCCAGGCUUUGGCCACGGUUGUUGUCACUGCGCAUGAAUAGCGUUUCGCGCGGCUCCUGUGCGUUAUCUGCGGCUGUAUGAUAGAUGAUAGAUAGUCUGGUGGUGAAUUCGGUUAAAUCCAGCGCUUUGUUUCGAGCUCGGCCCGAGGACGCACGCGCGCCCGGGUGAGAGAGUGAGGAGGAGACCGUUGGCGUGUUUUGAAUUGAAAUCGGCUGCAGCAGGCAGGCUGGUCUCGCCGCUGUGCUGAAUCACUCGCUCUCCGGCCGCUCUGAGAGGGAGAGGGACACAGCGGACUGCAGCUUAAUAAGGUGCUCGUCUCGAGAACUGCAUCAUGUUCAGCUGGCUGGGUACCGACGACAGGAGGAAAAGGGAUCCUGAGGUGUUCCAGACAGUCACCGACGGACUGAAGACUCUGUACAAAGCCAAGCUGCUGCCUCUGGAGGAACACUACAAAUUUCACGAGUUUCACUCGCCGGCCCUGGAGGAUGCGGACUUCGACAAUAAACCCAUGAUCCUCCUGGUGGGCCAGUACUCCACUGGAAAAACCAGCUUCAUACGAUAUCUCCUGGAGCAAGAUUUCCCCGGCAUGAGGAUUGGUCCAGAGCCCACCACAGACUCCUUUAUAGCUGUGAUGCAUGGAGAUCUAGAAGGACUGAUACCAGGAAACGCUCUGGUGGUGGAUCCUAAGAAGCCUUUUCGCAAGCUUAAUGCAUUUGGCAAUGCUUUUCUCAACAGAUUUGUCUGUGCCCAGCUGCCCAACCCUGUUCUGGAGAGCAUCAGUGUAAUUGACACUCCAGGAAUCCUGUCUGGAGAGAAACAAAGGAUUAGCAGAGGCUAUGACUUUGCUGCAGUGCUGGAGUGGUUUGCUGAGCGCGUGGACCGUAUCAUCCUCCUCUUUGAUGCCCACAAACUAGACAUCUCGGACGAGUUCUCUGAAGUGAUUAAAGCUCUGAAGAACCAUGAGGACAAAAUCCGCGUGGUGCUCAACAAAGCCGACCAGAUCGAAACACAGCAGUUGAUGCGUGUCUAUGGCGCCCUCAUGUGGUCACUCGGCAAGAUCGUCAAUACACCGGAGGUGAUACGAGUCUACAUUGGCUCCUUCUGGUCACACCCGUUGCUUAUUUCCGACAACCGAAAAUUGUUUGAGGCUGAAGAGCAGGACCUGUUUAAGGACAUCCAGUCGCUUCCUCGCAACGCUGCCCUCCGCAAGCUCAAUGACCUCAUCAAGAGGGCCAGACUUGCCAAGGUACAUGCUCACAUCAUUAGCUCUUUGAAGAAGGAGAUGCCAACUGUUUUUGGAAAAGAGAACAAGAAGAAAGAACUAAUCAACAGUCUGGGAGAGAUCUACAGCCGCAUUGAGAGGGAGCAUCAGAUUUCUCCAGGUGAUUUCCCCAACCUCAAAAAAAUGCAGGAGCAGCUGCAGGCUCAUGAUUUCAUGAAGUUCCAGCCCAUGAAGAUGAAACUGAUGGACAACGCAGAUGACAUGCUGACCAACGAUAUCGCCCAGCUUAUGGUUCUGGUGCGGCAGGAGGAGACGCAGCGGCCCAACCAGGUGGUAAAAGGCGGAGCCUUCGAAGGCACCAUGAAUGGGCCAUUCGGCCACGGCUAUGGUGAAGGAGCAGGUGAGGGCAUUGAUGAGGUGGAAUGGGUGGUGGCUCGUGACAAGCCAAUGUACGACGAGAUCUUCUACACCCUUUCUCCUGUCAACGGUAAGGUGAAUGGUGCCAAUGCCAAAAAGGAAAUGCUCAAGUCCAAGCUGCCCAACACUGUACUAGGCAAAAUCUGGAAGCUGUCUGACAUUGACAAGGACGGCAUGUUAGAUGAUGAAGAGUUUGCUUUGGCCAAUCAUCUCAUUAAGGUCAAACUUGAAGGUCAUGAGCUUCCCAGCGAGCUUCCAGCCCAUCUGGUGCCACCAUCCAAAAGAAAAAUACCAGAGUAGCGUAGAGCAGGAUUUAGCUGUUUGGGAGUUGUCACGUUAACGAAAGGUGUCUGUAUGGAAUUUACAUCUAAUGUAUAAUUAAAUGGAACAAUAAAGACAGACACGAUUGCA